AUGCAGGAGCGUCAUGAUGUGUAUGAGAUGGUGCAUGGCGCAUACUGCUCCCCCGAGGCUGGGCUCCCAGCCGGGUGGUGGAGGAAGCCGAAAGACUUGCCGAAGCAGUACCCGCUGAUGAUGUCGGCCGUGGAGCAAGUGUACGCCCUGCAACAUCGGACGGGCCGCACCAGCGGUAGGCGAGAAACCUGUCGCAUAGCCUCGUGGACCAUUCGUUCGAGCUUCUGUCUCUGCGUGCGUGGGAAACGCCCGUCGACGGCGGACCUGCGAGAGCGGUGA